AUGGCGCCUGCUGAUGAGCAGCAGGGAAGGGAUGCGGCCUUUUGGGCACCAGGGACAGUGACGCUGGAAGACCUUCACCCAGCAAGAGAGCAAUUGGUUCUCUUUCCUACUCCCUCCUCUGACCCGAACGACCCUCUCAACUGGUCUACUGCUCGGAAGGCCCUCAAUUUUACCUUGGUCAGCUUCUACGUCCUUUGGACCUUUGUCCAGCUUGACAUCGGCUUUACGGCAUGGGGUCUUAUGGAGAGAGAUCUCGGCUUUACGUUCGAUAAUUUGAGUAUGGGAGCCGGGAUCAACUAUGCCGGCCUUGCUGUGGGCUGCAUAUUCUUCAUUCCUCUGGUGCACAAAUAUGGUCGGCGGCCGAUUUACCUCAUUAGCGUUGCUCUUCAGUUGGCGUCUUGCAUUUGGCAGGCCAAGGUCUAUACUUUUGGUGAUCUCAUUGGAAGCAAUUUGAUAUCUGGGCUUGGAGGCGCGAUCAGCGAGAUCAUUGCUCAGAUUACUAUAGCGGACAUGUUUUUCGUACAUCAACACGCCACUAUGAAUGGCUGGUAUGUCAUCUUCCAGAGCACUGGUGCUUUUCUCGGCCCCGUCGUCUCUGGGUACAUUACCGUCUCGCAGGGUUGGAGGUGGAUGUGGUGGUGGUGUGUCAUCUUCUUCAGCGUGACACUACUCUGCGUGGUCUUUCUCUUUGAGGAAUCGAAAUACAUACCGCCUAUCCGGGGCCAUGAUAUUACACCUACGCCUGUCUCACAGAAUUCAAAUUCAACGGGUGGAAAGUCCAAGGCUGAAAAUAAGGAUCGGACCAACAGAGCGGCCGUGGCGAAUCGAGUCGCGCAAUCCGAUAUCAAGCUGAAGACAUAUCGCCAACGAAUGGCCCUCGUCACCACCACUAACGAGUCGAUUUGGCAGCAUGUUUAUCAGCCAUUUAUAAUGCUUCUGACUUUUCCAGCAGUUACAUACUGUGCCAUCACCUAUGGCACAACGUUGUGUUGGUUUGCGGUCAUGACCUCACUGCAAGCAUCGUACAUGAUCUACGCGCCGUACAAUUUUUCUGCGAUCGGCAUCGGCAUGAUGAACCUUCCACCUUUCGUCGGUGCUCUUCUAGGUUUCCCAUUUGGUGGAUAUAUCUGCGACAAAUUUAUUAUAUGGCUCUCGAAGAGAAACGGCGGUAUCUAUGAACCGGAGAUGCGUCUUUGGCUGUCCCUUCCUGUUGCCAUCAUAAGUCCGGCCGGGAUAUUGAUGUUCGGCAUAGGUAUUGCUCAUGGUGUUAGCUGGGGUCUUUUGGCCGUUGGUUUCGGCUUCUUUGGGUUUGCAUUAGCUUCGGUCGGCGCUAUCUCGCUAUCUUACCUCAUGGACUGCUAUCAGGAUAUUAUUGGCGAUGCACUGGUUGGAGUUGUCUUCAUGCGAAACAUUUUGUCUGUCAUUGUCCUCCUUGUCUUGACUCCAUGGGUCGAAGGCAUGGGCCUGCAGAACCUCCAUAUUCUCAUUGCGCUCAUUAAUUUUGUUAUUUUAUUGCUUCCAGUGCCUUUACUCAUUUGGGGCAAAAGGGCAAGAGUCGCUACUGCGACGAGGUACAAGAAGAUGGCACAGAAACAGCUUAGCCAUCGUACUAUCUGA